AACGCUUGAACUCCACGUGCAAUGCGAAUGUUUACAUGCGGCAAAUGGAGCUCAAGAAAAUGAAACCUCUGCUGGAUACGGAACCGGAGUCCAACGAUAAUGUGAAUGAAAAAAAGCCAGCGAAGCGACGUAACCCAUUCAACACGCAACGCUUAAAGGAAGAAAAGGAGCGCAGGCAAAAGAAGCGAGCUCGCCUCAUUGUGCGCAACAUCAGCUACAAAUCAACGGACGAAACGCUGCGCGAAUAUUUCGGACAAUGGGGCACUCUGGAAGAUGUACACAUCCUAAAACGUGGUGAUGGAAAACUAGUUGGCUGCGCAUUUGUGCAAUAUGAGACCGUCAAUCAGGCAACCAAGGCUAUACUGAAAUCCAAUGGAAAGGAACUGCUGGGACGUAAGAUUUUCGUCGAUUGGGCCAUUGGCAAGGAUGAAUAUGCAGCCAAGCACCAGAAAGAUGAACCCGAGGAUAAGAAACCCAAGUUGGAGGUGAAGGAAGAGAAUGAAAAUGUAAAUGGAACUGAGACUGUGGGUAAAAAGGUCUCGGAGAAAGCCGACGAAGAUGAGGAUGAAGACCUGAGUGAGAACGAGGGCGAAGAAGAUUCCGAUCAUGAUGAUGGCAGUGAUGAUGAUGACAAUGAUGAUGAUGAUGACGAUGAUAGCAAUGAUGAUGAAGGCAAUGCUGAUGAUGAUGAUGAAGAUGAAAAGAAAGACAAAAAGGACUUGAAAUCAAAACUGGAUCACGUGAAGCGGGAGAAAACCAUUUCCAAUGAUGUGCAAGAAGGCUGCACAGUCUUCAUCAAGAACGUGCCCUUUGACGCCGAAGAUGGGGAUUUGCGUAAAGUGUGCCGCAAAUUCGGUGUAGUGCAGUAUGCAAUCAUUAAUCGGCAAGCAGUUUCCGGCCAUUCCAAAGGCACAGCCUUUGUCAAAUUCAAGGCCAAGGAGUCGGCCGAUCUCUGUCUGCAGGCUGGCACCGAGUUUAAGUUAAUGGAUGAGGUGCUGGAUCCACAUCCGGCGCUAAGUCGUGAUGAAAUUAAAGCCAAAAAAGCCGAAAGCUCUAAAGAGGAGACCAAGGAUUCGCGUAAUCUCUAUCUAGCCAGAGAGGGUCUGAUCAUGGCCAAUUCAAAGGCAGCCGAAGGAGUUUCCGCCUCCGACAUGGCCAAGCGACACGAACUGGAGCAGGUUAAGACGCAGGUGCUCAAGAACUUGAAUCGCUUCGUUUCACGUAAUCGCCUAUCCAUACACAAUCUGCCCCUGAACUAUGACAACGAGAAGCUCAAGCAGAUGGCUCUCACCUAUACGGGGUUUCGUCCACACGAGUGCCGUGUGAUGCGUGACCAUAAGAUUACGCCAGAGCAUCCAAAUGGCAAAUCCAAGGGCUUCGGCUUCCUAUCCUUCGACACCCAUCAGCGAGCUCUGGCUGCGCUACGUAAACUAAAUAACAACCCCAAAAUCUUUGGCACGCAACACCGUCCCAUUGUCGCGUUUAGCAUUGAGGAUCGAGCGGUCCACAAGAUCAAGGAGAAACGCACUGAGCGGUCCAAGCUAAAUAAUCCUACAUACAAAUCGAAGCUGGAACAGCGAAAGGAGCAGCGGGCGCUCAAGCGGAAGGGUGCAAAGCCAACUCCAAAGAUCACAGGGCCACAGGACGAUAACAAGGCGAAACUGCAGAAACACAUCAAGAAACUGGAGGCGAGUCGAGCAGCCAAGGCAGAGGGCAAACAGCAGGAAAAACAGAAAAAGGUCAGCGAUGUGGAGGGCGACUAUGUCGGCACUGCUGCCAAGCCGGGCACCUCCCUUCGCAUGCGCUCCAAGAAGAAGAUCGUGGAGCAGGCGCAAGAGCAUAUGAAACGCGUGAAGACCGAGAAACGGAAACAGAAGAACAAAAAGAUUCGAGAAUCACAUUUGGCGGAACGCAAGGCCAACAAUCGACCUAAACAAGGACGGAAAAGGGAAAAGGACGAGCUACGACCUCUGAUCAACAAAUACAAAAAUAUGAUCAGCGGCAAUGAAGGCGGCGGAGGUGUGACAGACGGCAAAGUGAAGAAACCCAAGCGUACCAAAUGGUAUACGGAUUAGUUACUAGAGAUGAUUCUGUUAGUGUAAAUAAGAACUAUUAAAUGUUUAGGAAUGAAACAGUUUGAAGCCAUGAGUGAGAUGGAAACGUUUGAUGCUAAAUAAAUUUUAAAUUCACUGA